UGCUGAUAUCUCAACAGGUUCUGGUUGGAAACAGCAAUGUCUGCUCUGCCUGGUCGUGAUCAUACUGUGUUCGGUUACACUCCCUCUUUAGACGGCAAAGGCUCUUUUGACGGCAAAGGCUCAAGUUUAGACGGCAAAGGGGGGACAGAGUCAGCAGCAAAAGCAGGCAAAAGGAUGGGUCCUAACUAUGUAUAUUACCGUCUAUACACCAAACUAGGCGCAUUCGAAUCAAAUCACCCUCUCUACAACAACGACCGUUUCAUUGGCCGCGUUCCGUCGAAAUCUUUUGCACCUCCUCUUACCGUGGCGUCUAUCAAGCGGUCCUUGUGUAAACUUGAGGACCUUUCGAAGCCCGACAAGGCGCUUGUGUUCACACCGCUCUCAAGCCCAGCACCCAAAGAAGAUUCUGCCCGCCUCUCUCUGUACGGUCCGUCAGGGCCAGGCCUGACCGAACAAGAUCCGAUCGCGUUGGUUGUCGAGUCGGAAAAGAGGACCGAGGAAGUCUUGCAGUUGGAGAAGCUGCCGGAACGCUCUGAUGAUACCGAGAUCCAUUACGUAUACUAUCGCGUUUACUUAUCGGAGGGAAAAGGAGAUGAAAAGGCAAAGACCUCCUUUGACGAAAGCGAUGUUUCGCUAGGACGCAUCAACACCCUCUUCAUUGCGCCCCCUCACACCGCUGGGUCUUUGAAAGCAUGCAUCGCAAAAGCUGAAGGCCUAGUCACCCCGGGUCAUGCAUCCUACAAGGACAUGGAACUCUUCCAAGACGUGAAUAGUGAAGCUGCGAUGAGUGACACCGACAUCAUAUCCUUCCAAGGUGACACUUAUCCGGGUAGCGAUGAAGGCGAUCCCGUAGCCCUUGUCAAUGCAACCGCCGAUACAGCAGCAGACCAAAAGGCUAAACCUACGCUACGUAAAGUUCUCAGUGAAUAUCCACCAAAAACUGCAGCAACAAAGCGUGCUCGUUCAGAUGGACAAAAUUCGAAAUUCACAAAAUGCGCUCAAGUAAAGUAUACUUGCGGCGAAGAAAGAGACAAACCCACCUGGCUAUCAAUAAAGACGGGUGAGAUCGUCUACACGGAUGGAGUUAUCGUCUCUGUGAAAGACUAUCGUGGUGUGUCUUAUUCAGGAUACAUGGCAAUUGAUUCCAAGGGUGAAAAAGGCUUUGUGAUAGCAAGGUGUGUGCUUUCGGAGGAAUGUGUUGGAAUUUUGGGAUCUGUGUACAUUCCUUACAUUUGA